AUGGCAAUUUGUACUCUGCACGGGAGUAUACUCGUACCGUACCGGUCAAAGAGGAAACAAGACCACCACUUGCACUACAAACACAACCAAGAACAACAACAACAACAACAACAACAACAACAAAAAAGCAAGAAGAACAAUAAGAAGUUUGUGGGAGUGAGACAAAGGCCAUCAGGGAGAUGGGUGGCAGAGAUCAAAGACACCACUAAAAAGAUUAGGAUGUGGUUAGGCACAUUCGAGACAGCCGAAGAAGCCGCAAAAGCAUACGAUGAAGCCGCCUUCCUUCUCCGUGGAUCGAAUACUCGUACUAACUUCAUCACUCAUUCUUGUUCUAAUUCUCUCUUAGCUUCAAGAAUCCACAAUCUUCUUCACCUCAAAAAGCUCAACAAUAUUGAUACUAAUUCAUCCAAUAAUACUCCUCCUUCUCAAACAACAACAACUACUACUAUUACAACAACAACAACAACAACAACUAGUAGUAGUAGUGAAAAUGCUAGUCCUUUGGAAGAAGUUAUGGGAAAAGAAGAGAGUGUGAUGAUGAAUGGUAAUGAGGAUGUUUAUAGGCCAAGUUUUGAGAAUAUUGGUGAAGAGUUUUACGUUGAAGUGGGUUCUUCUUCUUGUUCAGUGUUUGAUCAUGAUCAUGAGUUUGAAUUAGAUAUAAAAAGUGGUGAUGCAUUGUGUGAAUUGUCUGAGUUUGAUAGGAUGAAGGUGGAGAGGCAGAUAUCUGCUUCACUUUAUGCUAUGAAUGGAGUUCAUGAGUAUUUGGAGGCAGUUACUACUGAUCAUUCAUCUUCUUAUGAUCAGAUGUGGGAUCUUCCUCCUUUGUGUCACUUGUUUUUCAGGAGUUCUUGAUUCUCAUAAUUUUGUUUGUUUCAAUGCCAUCUAUUGUCCUUUU